AUGGACACGAAAAAGAUAAAGAGGCGUCACUCUCUUCAUCCCCCUAAAGCUUACAUUUUCUGUCGGUUUCGAGCACAACAUUCUUUGAGCUUUGUCGGCUUCAAAUUCAGUAGAGAUCUUCCGUUUCUAGGGUUAUCUUCGUUGUCGCUCGUCUUUGCGGAGGAGAAUUGGCUCUUUUUCGACCCAAAGUGGAUUUUUGCGGGACGUGCGUGA